AUGAACACUGAGAGAAAGACCAUUAUACUAUCAGGGAAUCUUCCUAUACACUGUAAAGAUGGACAAAUAGGAUUCUAUGCGCCUUCAUACUCCUCAGUUGGCGCUUCUAUGCUGUAUGGAUCAGCAGCAGAGAACAGGGCUAAAACAACAUUUAUUGGAAUAUCCCAUCCUGACGGGAUGCCUUCAUAUAAAACCAUCCAGCCGACGGAGUUCAAGUUUCUGCCUGUGGAAACUGAAAAGGGCCCUAAGGACCUUGUAUUCUCACAGCACCUUUCACAGGCAUGCCAUCACUCGCUUGGAAGAAGUGCACUGUUCCCAAUGGACUUGGAGGAGCCAUAUAACGACUACGUUCAGUUUAACCAGGACUUUUUCUCUGCACUGAAGACUGUGUACUCGCACCAAGACACAAUAAUUAUUCUGGGGAAGCAUCUUUUAAUGCUUCCUGAGCUUAUUAGAAAAGAGUUUCCGCUUGCUAAAAUAACACUGGUGUUUAUAUGCCCAUUCCCAGCAUACGAGUUGUUCAGUUGCAUACCAUACUCUAAAGAUAUUAUGCUAUCCAUGCUGAUGUGUGAUAGAUUAGAGUUGCAGAGUGAAAACUACCUUGAGAACUUUAUUUCAACGGCAUUCCUUUUGGUAAAUGCACAGACCAAGGAACUAUCAGAGAAGAGCCUAGAAGUUAUUAAAGGAAGCUCUAGUAUUGUGUUUAUAGAGAAAGAGGAUGCGCCAAAGAAGAGCGAGAAGAAAAGCCAUAUGCUUCCAUAUGAAGAAGAGAAGAAAGACAUGCUGACAAUGCUGACAACAUCCUACAAAACAUCAUUUCUUGACAUGGAAGAUGAGAGCCUACUGAAUGAGCCAAUAAACAUUCAAGAACAUGAUGAGCAAGCAGUAAAAGAAUAUUUAGAGGAUACAAUGCCUGUUGUAGAAAAGCUUUCUAAAAAAGAAGAAAACAAAAUGUAUGUAGUGUAUGUUGGAAACUCCCGGGUGCUGGUUACUGUUGCAUCUAAGCAUGCACCAAAGAAGUAUAUUGAAGAGGUGCAGUCAUCAAAGCAGUAUAGUGAUAUUUUAGAAAAGAUCAAAGAGACAAAGAAAGACAGAAAGUUUGUAAUGGUGAUUGAAACUACACGAAAGGUAGGAUCAUCUGCACAGAAUCUCCUUUCUGUGUUGAAGUAUCUGCAAAAGAACCCAAACAGCAAAGUUGACUUUAUAAGAUGCGUAGUGUAUGGAGAAAGUGUAGCCUUCCACAACACAGAGCUAUCUGGGCUGGCAGAGAGAAUUUCUUCUCUAUAUCCAACCAGGUUUACAACAAUUAUAUUCCCAACAACAUAUUUAUACUUUGCACUAUUAGAGCUAGCGGAUAUUUGUAUAGCAGGAGCACCUACUGACUCGAUAUCUCUGGUUGCCUCUGAGUAUGCCUGUAUUAAUAGUAAGGGAAAGCUUAUUGUUCCAUACUCGUCGGGUAUUACAUUUAGGCAUGCGAUAUACACGCUAAACUGCCCAGACAUAACAGCAGAAGUGAUUAAAAAUACACUAAAGAUGAAAGGCCAGGAAGAAGACUUUUUAGAAGGCACUGAUGAGUGGAUGCGGUCCCUGCACCAUAUACUACGUGUCGAUCCGCCGUGUGGCACUGAACAAAUUGGAAAGAUCCCACAGCACCUUGCUAAAAAUGUGCUGGAAGAAAAGGACAGUAUCAAAUCUGCGUACAAAGAGUCAAAGAAGAGAACUAUUUUUCUGGACUAUGAUGGUACUCUAACAGAAAUAGUUCCAAAUCCUAAAGAUGCCAAGCCAACAGAAGAAAUAUUGGGCAUUCUCCAAAAACUUACAGAGGAUAAGCAGAAUAAUGUAUUUAUAGUAACUGGAAGAGGAAAAGAAGAGGCAGAAGAAUGGUUUGGCCAUCUCAACAUCCAGAUAUAUGCAGAGCAUGGGACGUAUAAAAAAGAACAUGGAGAGUGGAUUACUGUUCCCUGUGAUAUUUCAUGGAAGGAAACAGCAAUAAAAAUAAUUGAGGAGUAUGUAAGCUACACCCCAGGCUCUGCAAUAGAAGUUAAAAACACCUGUGUUGUAUUUCAUUGCAAAGACCAUGGAAGGUGGUGUGCAAAUGCACUGCAAAGAAUGCUGGGCACCCAAGCCAGAGUUGUCACAGGAAAGAAUAUUGUUGAAGUCAGACCAAAAGGCAUUGAUAAAGGAUCCUGUAUAGAGAAAGAGUCAUACUACGAUGGGUUUACUCUGUGUGCUGGUGACGAUGCAACUGAUGAAGAUAUGUUUAUGGUUCUUUUAAAUGCACCAAAUACGUACACCAUAUGCGUGGGAGAGAGAACCACCUGUGCGUCUCUUAGGGCAGGCAGUCCAAAAGAACUUCGUGCACUGCUUAAAUCUUUAUAUGAAUAAACACA